AUGAGGAGUGUUCUACAGAAACCGAAGUAUCUUCCUCAAGCGAUGACUGUCCGGUGCUCCGGUCUUCUGCCUCCGACGCAGUACGACACACCAUUCCCUAAGAAAAUGAAGCUAACUACAGUGUUGAUCAGAAACUGGGAGAUCAUACCACUGUUCCUCACUACUGCAACCAGUAUGGGAAUUUUGGGCGCGUCUAUCUGGUGGGCUGUAAAAAAUAAGGUGGACUAUGUGAUGCCACGCAAACGCAACAAUAUAUCCAAAACUAUGAACUUGUUAAACCCAACUACCCACAAGAUAAUCCUAAUUGAACAAAAGUACGAUCCUUGGCCUGAAAUGCACGAUGUUCUGUGUAAAAUGAGAAUUGCCAACCCUAAAACGAAUAAAACAAAAUAA